AUGGACAAUGACUUAGAAAAAUUCAUUUUUUUCACAGAAAGAGAUGAAUUUGAUAAAGAUCAAAAACUUGAAAGCAAAUUAUAUCCAGGAUUAUACAAUAGAUAUUCAUUACUUGAUUUAUGUUGUUAUUAUGGAGCUGUUGAUUGUUUCAAGCUAUUAAGAACGAAAUUUAGCUCAGAAAUAACUCAAACAUGUCUAAAUUUUUCAUUUUUAGGAAGAAACAAAGAGAUCAUGAGUGAAUGUUUGAAAUAUCAAAAGCCAAGUAAAGAAUGCAUGAAAUAUGCAAUUAUUUCACACAACAUUGAUUUUGUUACAUUCUUGAUGAAUGAAUACAAUAUAAAGAUCGAACUAUUUUAUUGUGGAAUUUACAAUAAUCUUGAAUCUUUUUUAGUUUAUUUCGAUCAAACUAAUGAUGUUUAUAGAGUCUUUAUUUAUUCGGUAAUGCUCAAUAUUCCAUCACUUUGCGAAUAUUUCCUUUCACAUGGUGUAGAUAUCAACGAAAAAGGUAAUUACGGAUAUGCAGCUCUUCAUUGUGCAGCACAAUAUAAUAGUAUAGAAACAGCCGAACUUCUUAUUUCACAUGGUGCAGACAUCAACGAAAAAGAUAAAGAUGGGAGAACCAUUCUCCAUGUUGCAGCAGUUUAUAAUAGUAAAGAAUUAGCCGAGAUUCUUAUUUCCCAUGGUGCAGAUAUCAACGAAAAAGAUAAAUAUGGAAAAACAGCCCUUCAUUGUGCAGCACAAUGUAAUAGUAAAGAAACAGCUGAACUUCUUAUUUCACAUGGUGCAGAUAUCAACGAAAAAAAAUGUAGUUUGUGA